AUGUCUCAACAACAACAACAACAGAAUUCUGAUCCAUCUCUUGAAGAGGUUGUUGAUCAACAACACAUUAAAAGACAAAAUAUUUGGGUCUGUGGAUACAAUGAUUUACGGCAAUUGGGAAUUGUGUCCAAAUCAUUGAAUUUAGCUCAACCAUUGACUCAUGUAUUUCCGAAUCGAAUUGUCAAAGUCAAGUGUGGUCCAUAUUUCUCCAUCUUUAUUGAUGAACUCGGAAAUUGUUUUGGAACUGGAACCAAUUCUUCCAAUCAGUUAGGAAUUGCAAAUUCUGGAAAAACAGAAUUGUUUCCAAUCGAUACAAAGGGCGAGUACAUUGUGGACUGUGAAUGUGGAUAUGGAUUUUCAAUUUUCAUAAACAAGAAGGGUCACUUGUUUGGUGCAGGUUCCAAUAAUAUGGGUCAAAUUUUAGUGGAAUCAGUUCCUGGAACAUGUACCAGCAUGACACCAGUGACAGAGGUCAAUGAUUACAGCACCGAGUUGUUAUUACCUUUUCGCAAGGUGUUGUGCGGAUCUCAAUUUUCAUGCUAUUUCACCAAAGAUCGAAGAAUACUUGUGAAUGGUUUUUCUGUGGUCCAACCUCAUUUGAAACCUUAUAUUGGAAAAUUGAAAGAAUUGGAUACAAUGUCAUGUGUUGGAGCCAAUGAUAUUCAUAAUGUGUAUUCUGGAAAUAAUAGAAUUACCUUGCUGACAUCCACUGGAAAAGUACAUGAAAUUACUAGUGCAGCAACAUCGGAAAUCUACAUACCGAAAAUGUCUGAUGAUGAACAAGUAGCAGACAUCUACGACAGAGACAGUAUCACCAUUUACAAGACCAAUCAAAAUCGGCUAUUCAUUCGAGGAGCUCACGAAGGUGACAAUAGCAAUGCCAUUGAAUUAUUACAAUUGUCAUUUCCUUGGAGUCAAGUGAAAAACAUCUUUAUUGGUGGAUAUCAUGCCUUUUUCAUCAGAUCAGUCUCCUCUUUUAAGAUUGAAAUAUAUGGAGUUGGAAGCAAUUCUUUUGGUCAAUUGAGUUUGGGACACAAUUCAAGAGUGGCAAAACCAGCACAAAUCACUCAUCAACCUUUUAUCACUUGUUUGAAAAGCGAUUUAAUCAUUGCUGCUGGAGCGUCACAUUCAAUAUUUUACCAUAUCAACGACCAUGAAAAGUAUGUUCGGUUAUUCUUCAACAAACUUGGGUCGUUGUUGAAAUUGACUUUAGAGCUACCAGAUACAAUAGAAGAACCACAAAACUACCACUCUUCAAAAACAUUAUUGACCGACAUUUCUAUUACGAGUUUCACAGUCAUCCAUUGA